AUGGAUAAUUCCGCCACCAAGGCUACAACGAGGGAUAAUCUUGUUGCUAGAAGUAGGUUAUUGUUGAGGUUAUUCGGGAACCACCGAGGAAUGAAAUUAAAUGAAUGCCGAGGUUAUUCGCAAAUGAUUAAAUGCCGAGGUUAUUCGAUAGUGAAUGGUUGCCGAGGUCAUUUGACAAUGAUUGAAUGCCGAGGUUAUUCGACAAUGAUUGAAUGCCGAG